UUUUCCACUCCACCCCAGUGGAGCAGCAGCGGCGGCUGCAGAGGCUCCCACCGCAGCUCUGCUUCGCUGCGCUUAGCGCGCCGAAGGGUGGGAGGCAAAGCGAACGCGCUCCGUCCUCCUCCUCCUCUGGCUCCUGGUCCUCCCCGCCCCCAAGCAUCAGCUCUGUCCGUCCGACCUGCACGCCUGCCGCCCCCACCCUUACUAGGUGUGCUAGCUUAGCUCCUAGUCCCGGCUUCCCCGCCUCCUUCUUCUGUCCCGAAGAGUCUGGUCUCUUUCUGAGUCUACAGGGGGUUGGCCGGAGCUAGCGAAGGAGCUGGAGGUGGGGCGCCAGGGUAUGGUGUUCGCUUGGGCGCCCGGGGCUUCUGGCAACCGCCCGGACCAGUGACUGGGGCCAGUGGAACCGGGUGGAGGCGGAGAGGGAGGCCGAGGGGAGAGUGGUGCUGGAGAUCAAGGGAGAGACCCAAGGCGGCCGGCCGGAGGACAGGGAAAGCUGGAGGAGAGGCUGGAAGCGCGAACCGGAGCGCGGGGGUACGCGAGCAGCUGGAUCGGCACUAAGAAGGAGGAGGAAGGAAGUCUCCAAAGGGCACAGGAGCACAGAACUCUACCAGUAUGACUGACAUUUGAUAAGUAACACCAGGACUUGGACUCACAGUUCAGCAGUGUUGAAGAGGGACCCCCCUCCGUGCAUCUCCUUAGCUACCAUGGCUGCCCCCUCUGCUGUGGUGCCAUUCUCGGUGGUGUCUCAGCCACAAUCCUUGGCUGUGAGUGAACCACAAUGCUACUACAAUGAAUCCAUCGCCUUCUUUUACAACCGGAGUGGGAAGUACCUUGCCACAGAAUGGAAUACUGUCAGCAAGCUUGUGAUGGGACUCGGAAUCACCGUCUGUAUCUUCAUCAUGUUGGCCAACCUGCUGGUCAUGGUGGCGAUUUACGUCAACCGCCGCUUCCACUUUCCUAUUUAUUACUUAAUGGCUAACUUGGCGGCUGCAGACUUCUUUGCUGGAUUGGCAUACUUUUAUCUAAUGUUCAACACAGGGCCCAACACACGAAGACUGACUGUAAGCACCUGGCUUCUUCGCCAGGGUCUCAUUGACACUAGCCUGACAGCAUCUGUUGCCAACUUGCUGGCUAUAGCAAUUGAGAGACACAUUACUGUUUUUCGCAUGCAGCUGCAUACCCGGAUGAGCAACCGGCGGGUGGUAGUUGUUAUUGUGGUCAUCUGGACCAUGGCCAUUGUAAUGGGUGCUAUACCCAGUGUGGGUUGGAACUGUAUCUGUGACAUCACUAACUGUUCCAACAUGGCACCCCUCUACAGUGACUCUUACUUAGUCUUCUGGGCUAUUUUCAACCUGGUUACCUUUGUAGUAAUGGUGGUCCUGUAUGCUCAUAUCUUUGGCUAUGUCCGACAGAGGACUAUGAGAAUGUCUAGACAUAGUUCUGGACCAAGGAGGAAUCGGGACACUAUGAUGAGUCUUCUGAAGACUGUGGUCAUUGUGCUUGGUGCUUUUAUCAUCUGCUGGACUCCUGGGUUAGUCUUGUUACUUCUAGAUGUCUGCUGCCCUCAGUGUGAUGUCCUGGCCUAUGAAAAAUUUUUCCUUCUCCUUGCUGAGUUCAAUUCUGCCAUGAAUCCCAUCAUCUACUCAUAUCGUGACAAGGAAAUGAGUGCCACCUUUAGACAGAUCCUCUGCUGCCAACGGAAUGAGAAUGCCAAUGGCCCCACCGAUGGCUCAGAUCGCUCAGCAUCUUCGCUCAACCACACCAUCUUGGCUGGAGUUCAUAGCAAUGACCAUUCUGUUGUGUAGAAACCAAAUGGGAAAUGAAGAACCAGCCAUGGACUGUUGAGGGAAUCCCAGAGGAGGAUAACAAACUGAUGUCUUUCAACACUAAUCAACUACAGUAUUGGUUUCUAGAAAACCCACUCAUGCACAAGACUGGUCAUGUAUGAGAACUGGCAUAUGCGAAAACACUCAUCCUCUUUCUCCUCUCCCUGCUAAAAGUAGAAAGCUGAUUCCUGGUAAUGGAAUUCAUAACUAGAUCACAGAAGGUCUCUUUAGACUACACUGAUUAGAUUUUCAAAGACUGCUUUGUUUUGGUGCCAGUUGAAAACAGUUCUGAUUAAUUAUGCUUGUGCCUGUUUAACUUCAUUUACAUGUAGAAAAUUAGGCUCCCCCCCUUUUUUUUAAAGAAUACAUUUCAUGUAAUACAUGUCAUGUUUGUGCCUAUCAGUGUGCUUCUGAUGGAUAUUUUAUACAUAGAGCGAUCAUAGUCUUCAUAUUUUUUUUGCUACACUACCAUAACUUCAGUAUUUCUUUUUCCUGGUGCAGAAAACAGGAAAACAUUGUAAAUUACAAUUGUUUCUUUUUUUUUUUUAAAGCAUGCAUGUAAUGUAUUUAUGCAGUUGUUUUAAUGAAAAAAGAAAAAAGAUGCUCAUUGUAAAAUCUUCUAGAAAAUAGAGCCUAGAUCUAAUUCCAGUAUUUGUUUAGAUUAUGAAAUAAAUAGUAUUCUAGUCUCAUGGUAUUUUAACUUCUCAUUUGUGGUACCAAGUAUGUAACAUAUGCAGGGGUCCUGAGUUUAUCAUUGAUGGGAUUUGUGCUCUAAGAGAACAGAAUCGUGGAAGAAAAAUGAAGCGCAAUAUUAUUUUUAAAUGUAUUUAUGAUAGCUGAGUGUUUUCUCAUCACCUGUGCAUUACAAAGGAAUUUUUUAAAAAUUGAGCAAUGUCAUGUCAUAUUGUACCUUUGUGAAAAGGAAUUUUCUGUUUUUGCACUGAGUGGGUGGCAUUUUUAAGGGUAUCUUAUUAAAUUACUUUUCUUUUUUCCUUAAAGAACAGUGGUUACUUGAGUUACAUUGAGGUAUAGUAUUUUUUUUUAGUGCAAAUCUAAGUAGAAAUAGUAAGCUGCCACAAAAGAAAUAAAAUCUAUUAAUAUAGCUAACAGUAUUUUGUUUUACUGGUCUAAUGUCCAGAUCUCGAAAACCAGAUAUAAGUUUAAAGAAAUUACAAAGAAAUGAAAAAUACCAUAAACUACCCAAUGAAGAAGCCUCUUAUUAGUGAAAUGUAGUGAAUAAAGGACCUUUAUAUUAAAUAGCUUGGGCACUUAUAUCUGAAAAAUGGGAGUGGGUGUGUGGCUGUAUUACAUAUCAUCUCCCCAGGCUUCCCCCAUAAUAGAUGCUCUUAGAUGUUGUUAGAUGUUCUGAUAUUACGUAGUCUAAGGUCUGUGAGUAAGUGCAUUGGUGUGACACAGGAGAUCACAUGUGAAGGGACACAAUCACAAGGAUGGUCUGGAGAAAUGGAAGAAGGUAGAUGAGAAAUGUGUAGAGUACUUGUUAAGCUCAGAGGGACUCAAGGUAAAGUUCAUGUUUGGAGCACCGAGCGCGAGAAGUGCAGAGAAUUGAGAGCAGGAGAGAGCAAGUAUAAAAAUCUUAUUGAGAUUGACAUUGACGCAUUUUAUUUAAAACAUAAAAUAUGUUAAUGUAAGCAAGAAGAUGAGCCCUGGAAUUUUCACUCAUGUAAAUACAUUGGGAAACAGGAGGGCUAGUUUAACUUUUAAGGGAAGAAAAUGAAAUGCUAAGCCACUAAUAAAGUUUUCUCAAUGAGUAUAUGA